AAACUUCAGAACGCGUUUCUGAGCCUGCUGGUACCAAGGCUAACCUAACCAAGGCUUUAACAUCUACGCUAAAAAAUCGUAUCACCGUCAGGAGAUUUCAAAGAUUUUCGCAUUGCAAUUUUCUCGCAUCUUUUAAAAUUUAAAUUCAGCAUCCUUGCAUUCGCAGUUUUUAAUUUCAGAAUACAAUGGAGGAUACCGAAGAUGCUACUCAGGCUACGCAGGUCACUGUAAAUGAGGGCGAAAAAUCCUCCGCGUUGGGAACUCAAAGUGAAAACGUUUACUUAAAAUUGGUUAUGACUCGCAUGGGUGACGGGAAAACACAUGUUAUACCUCUUUCACGAGACGUUCAUAAUGGUGUCUGGAGGUUUGGCCGACACCGUACUUGCGAGGUCUCAAUAGGCGGUCCUAGAGUUAGCAAUUUUCACUUUGAAAUCUAUGAGGGUCAUGCUAGUGAAACGGAAUCGAGGAGUAACGUUAUAUUUUUACAUGAUCAUUCUUCUAACGGCACAUAUCUAAACUUGGAAAGGUUACCGAAAAAUGGUCGCACUCUUCUAUCGCAUGGAGAUGAAAUUCGGGUCGGUUUAGGAGUUCCCAAAGAUGAAAUUCGGUUUUUAUGUCAGAUUCCUUAUGACAAAUCAGAGAGCACUCGAAAAGAAGUAAUUUCGUCGCUAAAAUACAGAUAUGAAGUUCUUCGAGCCCUUGGUACAGGGACGUUUGCUAUAGUAAAAUUGGCUGUUGACUUAGAAACAGGAGAAUAUUAUGCCAUCAAAGUAAUAAAUAAGAAGAAGAUUUUACUCACUAGCUCCGAAAAAGGUGCUACGGAAAUGUUUCAAAGAGAAAUUGAAAUUUUAAAGACGCUACAUCAUCCCGGUGUUGUGCAAUGCCGAGAAGUUUUCGAAACUGACGAAGAAAUAUUUAUUGUCAUGGAAUAUGUGGAAGGAGGAGAUCUUAUGGAUUUCCUAAUUGCAAAUGGCUCGAUAGAUGAACAAGACAGCAAGCCUUUAUUGAAAGAAAUAAUAGAAACCCUUAUUUAUUUGCAUGACUCUGGUAUUGCCCAUAGAGAUAUUAAACCGGAGAAUAUUUUGAUUACCAAAGAUUUUCAUUUAAAACUUUCUGAUUUUGGUUUAGCCAAAGUUCUUCACGGUCAAGGCACAUUCUUUGAAACCUUUUGUGGAACGAUGGGUUAUCUGGCUCCAGAAGUUCUGCAAUCGAAGACUACUCCACCAGUAGGUGGUUAUGGUAAUAAGGUAGACAUAUGGAGUCUUGGAUGUGUUUUAUAUGUUAUGUUAACUGCUACAAUACCAUUUGCGGCUCCAAGUCAAGAAGAAUCUGUUAAACUUAUAUCCAAAGCAGACUUCCCGAUGUCCCCACUUCUGGAAAAUGAAGUAUCUUCGGAGGGUAUUGACUUAAUCACUCAAAUGUUCCAAUUGGACCCUUCAAAGCGGAUUUCUGGAAGAGAAGCAUUAGAACAUCCAUGGUUCAAAACCGAAUCGUCUAUUCAGGUUUUAGAGUCCCCACCACUGUCAGAAUGCGAACACAAUUCUACUGAACAAAUCCAUUCUUCUUUAUAGAUGUAUAGCAUUUAUUUUUUAUCAAUUCAACUACUA